UUCCUGUUUGAGCGAGUGGCGGUAUAAAGGAGCCUUCCUCCCUCCUCUUCCUCAGUCGCCAUGGGGAACUUGGUGGCCAAUGAGGGGCUCUCCUUCUUUGUUAUUCUGGUCUGGUUGGGAAUCAACGGAUUCCUGUUUGUCCAUUUCUACAUGGCCUUCCUGGUGGACCGCUGGUUCUACACCCGGGUUCUGCUGGGGCACGCCCUGUCCUGGGCCAGAGCUCCAGCCGCCUGCCUGAACUUUAACUGCAUGCUGAUCCUGCUGCCGGUCUGCAGGAACCUGCUGUCGCUGCUGCGAGGCUCCAUCCAGUGCUGCAGCCGAACCGCGGCGCGGCAGCUGGACCGGAACCUGACGUUCCACAAGCUGGUGGCCUACAUGAUCGCCUUCCACACGGCCGUCCACAUCAUUGCUCACUUGUUCAACUUUGAGUUCUUCAUGGACGCCCAGCUGAACCGCAGCGUUGACCUGCUGCCCUUCGUUCUGUCUGAGAUCGGCAACCAGGACAACGCGUCCUUCCUCAACCCCAUCAGGAGCAACGAGACGGUGAGCAACGCUUCCCCAGCAAUGCUCUGUGGUUGCUGUUUGUGGAUGGCGCAACCUGGCAACUUUCCAGUGUUGCUAAACGUUGCGAAAGCAACUGCUGGUUGCUCAAUCAGAGAAAUGUUUCCUCUUCAAUUCUUCCUCGACCCGUUUGUCUGUGGCUGCAGGCGGAUCGUGCGAGGACAGACUCUGCUCAGCCUGGAGAGCAACAACCCCAAAGUCUGCGCCAACCUCUUCCACGACUGGGGCAAAAACGAGUCGGGCUGCGCCGUCCCCGUGUUUGCAGGGAACCCGCCCGGGACGUGGAAGUGGGUUGUGGGCCCCAUGAUCCUGUACCUGUGUGAGCGGAUGGUUCGCAUCUACCGGUCCCAUCAGAAAGUGGUCAUCACCAAGGUGGUGAUGCACCCCUCCAAGACGCUGGAGCUGCAGAUGAAGAAGAAAGGCUUCAGCAUGGAGGUGGGCCAGUACGUCUUCAUCCAGUGUCCGUCUGUCUCCAGGCUGGAGUGGCACCCCUUCACCCUAACCUCCGCCCCGGAGGAGGACUACUUCAGCGCCCACAUCCGGAUCGUCGGGGACUGGACGCAGGCGCUGUACGAGGCCUGCGGCGGGGACAAGCCGGAGCAGCAGGAGGCCUGGAAGCUGCCAAAGAUGGCCAUCGACGGGCCGUUCGGCACCGCCAGCGAAGACGUCUUCCGCUACGACGUGGUGAUGCUGGUGGGGGCGGGAAUCGGCGUGACGCCCUUCGCCUCCAUCCUCAAGUCUGUGUGGUACAAACACAUCCAGAACAACCAGGACGUCUUCACCAAGAAGAUCUACUUCUACUGGUUGUGUCCGGAGACCCAGGCCUUUGAGUGGUUCGCAGACCUCCUGCAGUCCCUGGAGCGCCAGAUGGCGGACAAAGACAUGGCCGACUUCCUGAGCUACAACAUCUACCUGACGCGCUGGAAGGAGACGGAGGCGGCUCAUUUCCGGGUCCACCACGAGGCGGAGAACGACCCGAUCACCGGGCUCAAGCAGAAGACGCUCUACGGAAAGCCCAACUGGGACAACGAGUUCACCAACAUCGCCGCCAAGCACCCCAAGUCCAAGGUGGGCGUGUUCCUGUGCGGCCCGCCUCAGCUGGGAAAGUCUCUGGAGAAGCAGUGCCUGUCUCACUCCGAGGCCGACGUCAAGUUCAUCUUCAACAAGGAGAACUUCUGACCGCCGCGUUGCUGCAACAGCCUCGUUGCUGCAACAGCCUCGUUGCUGCAACAGCCACAAGCUGCUUCUUCUUCCUCUGCUGCUUGACCUUUAGGGUCGUUUCCAAACUUCCUUCCUUCAGGUGGUGCAAACAAAACCCGAGACGUGAUGGCUUCAUCUGCAAACACAGGAGAGGCUUUUAUUCUGAAAAGCUUGUGACCUAGCAGCAGCUCUUGGUGAAAUGAUUAAACCAAACCUGAAAAAUAAUGGAAAUAAUGAGAACAUGCUCAGAAAACAAAGUUGCUUUUCAAAAUAAAAGCCAUUGUGUUGCUGAUCCAAGUUAAACCUGAUGUUUCUUUUUUUUUUUUGCUUUAUUAAUUUCGAAGCUUUUAUUGAAGAUACUUUCUGCUCAAAAUGCAAAUCAAUUAAAAUCCAAAUUGUUUCAUGUUU